UUUGCAGGUUUUAGUGGCCGGCCAACUAUAUAAACUUUACCUUUGCAAUCAAAAUUUCUGUGUCUGGCUAAUCUAAGCACUCUCUAGGUCAAUGAUUGUGAUAUCUGCAAAGUUCCUCUAGGAUUCAAGACUUUUGACUUGAAGAUUUCAUAGCGGGAAGUGUAAUCGAAUCAGUCUGAAUCUCUAGAUCCUGUCCAUCAUAGCUUAUAUCUGUAAUUUCUUCAUACUAAUUACUGCUGUUUUAUCGUGAAUUUUAUUAACAUCCAUCCUUCUUACGCAGAAGCCUGCACAAAGGAAGAUGGAGGUAUCUCACUGGUUCAACUUUGCAGCCCUGUUCUUCUUCUUUGUGCUCGCAUCAAAGCUUGUUAUAUGCAAGCUUGGAAAUCCCAAAAACCUCCCACCUAGUCCACCUUCUCAUCCUAUCAUAGGGCAUCUCCAUUUAUUAAAGCAACCUAUUCAUAGAACUCUAUGCGAGCUUUCUAGGAAGUAUGGUGACAUACUGUUUCUCCGAUUUGGGACUCGUAAAGUCCUUGUAAUCUCUUUACCAUCAGCCGUUGAAGAAUGCUUUACUAUAAAAGAUGUAAUAUUUGCUAACCGCCCUCGUACACUAGCUGGAAAACACCUCAAUUACAACUCCACAACCGUGGGUUUCUCUUCUUAUGGUGAGCAUUGGCGCAACCUCAGGCGCUUAACAACCAUUGAGCUCUUCUCUACAAGUCGUGUUGCCUCGUUCUCCGAUAUUAGAAAAGAGGAAGUUCAGCUAUUGCUAAAGCAAUUGUUUCGGGAUUCCUGCAAACAACAGGCUAAGGUGGGGCUUACAACAAGUUUUAUGGAGCUUACAUUCAAUGUUGUGAUGAGAAUGAUUGCAGGAAAACGUUAUUAUGGAAAAGAAGUUGUGGAUGAAGAAGCGAGACAGUUUCAGAAUAUUAUAAAAGAAAUGGAGGCGCUGCGAGGGAGUUCUAACAUGAAUGAUUUCUUUCCAGUACUGCAAUGGAUAGAUUUCCAAGGUUUGGAGAAGAGAAUGAUGGGGUUGAUGAAGAAGAUGGACAAAUUCUUGCAGGAUCUCAUCGAGGAGCACCAGAAAGUGAGGAGUCAGUCAUCUCAGUCCACCAAGAAGAAUAACGGUUUGGGCAACCAAAAGAGAAACACGACACUUAUUGAUGUUAUGUUAUCGUUGAAAGAGACAGAACCUGAAUUCUAUACUGAUCAAACCAUAAAAGGUGUAAUCAUGACAACACUAACCGCUGGAAGCCAAACUUCAGCAGCUACCUUAGAGUGGGCAAUGUCGCUUCUCCUUAACAAUCCGGAAACAAUGCAAAAGGCUUCUGAAGAGAUAGAUGCUAUUGUUGGAACAGAGCACAUAUUGGAUGAAGUAGAUGUAACAAAGCUCAGUUACCUCCAAAACAUAAUUAACGAGACAUUGAGGCUCUUUCCACCCACGCCGCUUCUUUUGCCACAUGAAUCUUCCGAGGACUGCACUAUUAGUGGAUUUCAUGUGCCCCGAGGCACAAUGUUACUGGUCAAUACUUGGAGCAUUCAUAGAGAUACCAAGCUGUGGGUGGAGCCAACAAAAUUCAUGCCAGAGAGAUUUGAAGGCGGAGAAGGUGAAGGUUAUAAACUGCUUCCAUUUGGUGCUGGAAGGCGGGCUUGUCCUGGGGCUGGUCUAGCCAAGCGAAUCAUAGGCCUGACACUAGGUGUCUUGAUUCAGUGCUUUGAGUGGGAUAGGGUUAGCAAAGAGGAGAUUAAUCUGACAGAGGGAACAGGGCUUACCAUGCCCAAAGCUGAACCACUGGAGGCGUUAUGCAGACCUCGCCAAUCCAUGGUCAACCUCCUCUCUUCUAUGUGAGGCAAAUGAAUGAUUUUCCUCAAUUAUGCUUUCUUU